AUUGAUUUCCCAGGAGGCAGAUGUCGAUGUGAAUGAUGCGUCACGCAAAAAAGAUUUUCAGCUCACGUUAACGAGCGGACACUUGGAGAUCGACGGAGGGAUCCCGAAUGAACACAAGGAUACAGAAAAUAAUAAUUCACCGUCAUCGUUGCGUCGGCGCACGACUCAGGAGACGAAAUCCGAAUUAAAAGGAGAUUUAACCGAGAAACACUCGAGGAAGCGCAUAUUGAGGGACCCGUUAAAUUGGUUUGGAGUUCUGAUCCCCUUAUCUCUGAGGGAAUCACAGAGACAUUUCAAACAAGGUUUAUUGGGCAUGAUUAACAUCAUAAACCUACGCAACGAGAUCCUCAAGAAGGAAGUCGAAUAUGAAACGCUGAAGAGGAAGAAGGAAAGAAUGGUGACGGAAGCACAGGCAAAACCUAACAACGCAGAGGAUUACGUACAGUGUGACUAG